UUGGGCUUUCCCGGGCCGGAGGGGGCUUGGUGGGCGGUCGUGGGGCGGUCGGUCGCGGGGUGGGCAUCACCGCGCGGCUGCCGCCUCCUCGGCUGCCUCCGGGCAGUCCCGGGCGGUGUCCUGAAGCGAGGGCGGCGGUCCGAAAUAAGGCUUAAUUCUGUCCGCAUGGUAGUUCUCCUUCAACCUCUUCAUCUUUGAAAUCAGUGGCUGAUAGAAAAACAGUUGACAAAUAGGAAGAGCUCUUGGAUUAAGGGUAAUGGAACAACUACAGGAUCCAGUUAUGCAAGAAGAUGCAAAUAUUAAAGCUAUUAAUGAAGAGUACAGGAAAGCCUUUUUCUUUAUUGAUAAAGGACUGAAUACAGAUGAACUGGGUCAGAAGGAAGAGGCAAAAAAUUAUUAUAAGCAAGGACUUGACCACUUGCUCCGAGGAGUCAGCAUUCCGUCGCAGGGUCCUGCAUGUGUAGGGUCCCAGUGGGAGUCUGCCAGGCAAUUGCAACGGAAGAUGAGGGAGACCCUCCAAAAUGUUCACGCUCGACUUGGCAUUCUAGAACAAAAUGCCCCACCUGUACAAGCGAGUCCUGCUGCGAUGGAUGCGCCUGCAGGGGUGCCCAAGUUGUACCCAUCUAUUCCUUCCAAAGAAAAGCCAGAAAGACCCCCAGCCCCUAAUUCUCUGUUGGUACCAAGUCAGCCACCUGCAGCAGAUGGAGGUGUUGCAAAUGUGAGCCAGGGGCAAAUUCCAGCUGUGAGUCCAUCACCUGCAAAACCUCUCUGUCUGCCGAAUGAAGCACCUCCUGCCUAUACUCCUCAAGCUACCAAUGGCCAUUUUACUGUGUCUUAUGGCACAGACUCUGGGGAGUUUUCUUCUGUAGGUGAGGACUACUACAGCAAGUGUACUCAGCCACCUCCCCUUGAAAACCUGGGAGUGGAUGCAGAUGAGCUGAUCUUGAUUCCUCAAGGAGUACAAAUAUUCUUUGUGACUCCUGACGGGCAGGUCAGUGCUCCAUCGUAUCCUGGAUAUCUACGCAUUGUGAAGUUCUUGGAUACAGAUAGUGAGAUGGCCCAGAAUCGUCCACCUGCAUUUCUUCAGGUUUGUGACUGGUUGUAUCCUCUAAUGUGUAACCAGUCUCCUGUUCUGUGCUGCAAUACUGGAGUCUAUAUGUUCCCUGACACGAUGACCCAGAUACCAGGGUCCUACGUGGGAGUAGUGCUGUCUUCAGAGCUUCCAGCAGCUGACAGAGAGCUCUUUGAGGAUCUCUUAAAACAGAUGUCUGACCUUCGAAUCCAGGUGCCAGGAUCCCAUGAGAGAGUAGGGUUAUCUUCAGAGCUCCCAGCAACUGUGAGAGCACAUUUUGAAGAUAAAUUUAAACAGAUGUCUGGCCACAAAGUCCAGCCUUCAGAAGCCUCUGGUGAUGCAAUUAACUUGCCUCAGACUGUACAUAUCCAACCACAACCUGAAGGAGCAGAAAAUCAGAAAGAGUUGCCAGAAUGGAGUGAGAAAGUUGCCCACGGAAUCUUGUCAGGUGCAUCUUGGGUGAGCUGGGGCCUAAUAAAAGGAGCAGAAUAUACUGGUAAAGCUAUCCACAAAGGAGCUUCUAAACUGCGAGAGCACAUUCAACCAGAAGAAAAACCUCUGGAAGUCAACCCAACUGUAGCAAAGGGGCUUCAUGUUGCAAAACAGGCUACGGGAGGAGCUGUGAAAGUCAGCCAGUUCUUAGUUGAGGGAGUGUGUUCUAUAGCAAGCUGUGUUGGAAAGGAGCUGGCUCCACACGUGAAGAAGCAUGGCAGCAAAUUAGUUCCCGAAUCCCUUAAGAAAGAUAAAGAUGGCAAAUCCACUUUUGAUGGUGCUCUGGUGGUAGCAGCAAGUGGAGUUCAAGGGUUUUCAACAGUGUGGCAAGGUUUAGAAAGUGCAGCUAAGUGCAUUGCUAAAAGUGUUUCAACUGAGACUGUAAAAACUGUCAAAUACAAAUAUAAAAAUAGGAAAUACGGAGAUGAGCAGUCAACAGCCACUACGAGUGCAAAACAGUAUGGAGAUGAUGCUGGCCGUGCUACAGACAAUGCUAUGAAUUCUGCAAUCAAUGUUGGUGUGACUGCGUUUAACAUUGACAAUAUUGGUAUAAAAGCUGUUGUAAAGAGAACUGCAAAGGAAACCGGCCAUGCUGUGUUAGAUGAAUAUAAAGUAUUGGAUAAUGAGAAGAAGGAUAAACAGUGAAAGUAAUGAAAUAUCUCUCAAGGCCUUACAUUAGAGAUGAAAAUUCCUAUUUAGAAGUAACUACGUUGCUAAUCUGCAAUUUAACACAAAUCACACUACUUUUCAAGAAAUUGUUACUUAAUUUGACGUGAAAAUGUAAAAGUAGGGAGGGCAUUUGUGCAAGGGAAAAUGAAAGUUGUCUUAACUCCUUGUUCUGUAUUCAACAAGGAUUUUAAACAACUGGAUCAGGGCUUUAGACAGCUGGAAGGAUACGAGUUUGCAGUUAAUAAACUUGCCUCUGUAAGCACUUUUUCAAAAUAUAAUAUGGAAUAAUAGAUUAAUAUAGAAAUACAAUUGUGAAUAUUUUUGUAAUGAUUUAUAUUUGUAAAGGUGGUGAUACAGAACAAAUAGGAUUACUAAUGCUGGAACAAAUAGGACUACUAGUUUUGUUUUUUAACUAUCCUGAAGAGUUAGUUUUACUAAACCAGCCUUGUCUUAUUUAAUGUGCAGUAAAAUAAGCUUUGUGUCUCAUUGUUUUGUAGAGAAUUUCCCUUUUCAGCUACCAAACAGUUAAUCUUAUCCAAAGUUCACAUUAGAAGAAAUGAAAGAUGAACCUCAGGUAACUAGGUAGUUAUUCCCUUUAAAACUAUUUUUUUCCAUCCAGCAUAUAAGCAAACCAAAGAUAUCAAGCAUUUCUUCUAAAAGAGGGUAUUUACAACUCUAGAAAAAUGUAUUCUCCAGUGGACUCCAUAAGGAAUAUGCAAAGAUACUUUGAUAUUUUUAUGUAGAGAGGGUAAGGAUGUUUUUGCAUAAUAAUUUUCUGUAGAAACAUUCUACAGAGGACUCUAGGAACUUCUAUGCAUUCUGUACUUUUCAGCCAAUCCAGAAAAAUUCGGAGUAUAUAUCAUGGUCUCCUAAUGGAAAACAACAUGUAUUUGCUUCAACAAGUUGUUCUAGCAGUCAACAUCUUUAUUCCACUGAAUUCAUAGUUGCACAAAGUAUGUCUCUAAAGGGUAUGAAGACAAGCCCUUUUAAGGAAGAGGUGUGUGUGGAAUAGAAUAGACACUACCGUGUAGGUUUUUCAUCCUGUUCCUUGUGCAAUGUAUAGUAACUCCAUACGCAGAACCCUUGAGAUGCUUAACAGUGCUACUUAUUUAACAGUUCAUUAUUGAGUUUUAAAGCUGCUACACAUUCUAAUAUUGGCUGGACCCGCAGCAAACAGAACACCAUCAAUUUAGAACUUACCUCCAUUUCAUGUAAAUGGAGAACAUAACUGUAAAUGGAGAACAUAUCUAUAAAUGGUUGUUAGCAAGUGAUAUUUGCCUCAGACUGAAAAAAUACAGUAACAACUAAUAGGUGCACAUUUUGUGGUAGCUACUGUAGGUGUUUACUUAAGGUGAGAAAUGUGAAACAAAGGAUCUAACCACUUAAAGUGUAACUUUGGUUUAUGGAAAUAAAGAUGAGAUUAAAAUUA